CAGCCGAGACCUGGAGUCAUGGGAUCGUUUACAAACAAAGAAGUCGAGAUCGACAAUGUCAUUUCUGGGCUGUCUCAGAUAAGAGAUGACCUGGUGGAUGGGUGCGACAUUACCCCAGAGCAGCGGAAACAGCUGAUAGAGGUCUGUGACGAUGUAUCCUCACGAUCGAAGCCCAGGAAGUUGGAGUUUCAGUUGAUCGAAACUACGGCCGUGCGAAUCGCUAUCGACUUGAAGAUAUUCGAGCUUGCUUGUAGCGGCAGCAAGAAGGAGUUCACCCUGAAUGAGUUUGCUUCGAAUGGCAAUGCUGAUCCUGUUCUCGUUGAACGGAUCAUGCGAUCUCUGGUCGUGACUGGUCUCUUCAGCGCUACAUCCCGAAAUACAUACAAAGCAAACGACAGUGUCAGAAAUCUAGGACCCGACGGAUCCAUGAAAGACAUGGUUAUCUUUGUUCACGACGCAACGGCCUUUGUGAGCCUCAAGCUGCCUGAAUUCCUAGCAAAAACAAAUUACCAGAACCCGAAUGACGCCGACUACUGUCCCUUUCAGUUUGCAUUCAACACUCCAGACCGUUUCUACACGUGGCUCCAGAAACGUCCUACCCUAUACUCCGCUUUCUGUGGGAUGAUGAAGUGCACCGAGGAUCAGGGCAUCCGAUGGCCGGAUAUGUUUCCCGCCGAGGAGCGUUUCACAUCUUUCCGGGGACCAAGUGCUAAAGAGACCCUGCGGCUUGUGGAUAUUGCUGGAGGGACGGGCCAUAAUCUGCAGUAUCUCCUCGAUAAGAUCCCCGAUCUGCGGAUAGAGCCCACUUUACAGGAUCUUCCCGAAGUGUUGCAGAAUAAGCCCGCCGACCUACAUCCCACGAUUCACGUUAUGCCGCACAACUUCUUUGAGCCGCAGCCUGUCAAAGGAGCUCAUGUUUAUGUUCUGAGACGCAUACUGCACAACUGGCCAGACAAAGAGUGUCGAAAAAUUCUAGGCCAUGUCAGAGAUGCUAUGGACAGUCAUUCCAUCCUACUUAUUGGAGAUAAGGUCUUCCCUGAUGGCGCAGCGGAGAUAAACCCGGCGGAUGUGACAAUGGACAUGGUCAUGAUGAUGCUGUUUGGGUCGAUCGAGCGGACGGAGAGUCAGUCCAGGGAAUUGCUGGCAUCGGCUGGACUAGAUCUAGUCAGGAUCUGGAGAGUAAGGGGUGAGGCGAGAGAUGAGGAGGGCGUGUUGGAGGUGGUCAAACGAGGAUGAUACGUAUGAGACUGUCAAACCAAUUGUUCUUUGUGGCUGGAG